CCAUCUCUCCUAGGUGGUUCACCCCAUCUGCCUACUCGUGCAGUACACACAAAGUUAGGAGAAAAACAAGUACAAGAUGGGGAAAUGAAAUAGCACCUUCAUUUGUGGACUUCUGGGCUACUAUUUUUCUCGUGCUUCUCCUUGACACCAACAGGGAUCAGGGUGUUUUCUUAAUGGGAAGCUCAGGGUCACCAGAGAGCCCUAUGCCUCUCCCUCCUUUUCAAGAUGAAACUCUCCCAAACUUUCAAAAACUACUGAAACAUCCAUUGCAUUCCUCUGCCAUCCCAGUAGGUAGAACUUUUGACUUAUUUCCCUGAGCUCUUUUCAUUCUGUACUGUUGUCGUUCUGCCUGCCGUCUCAGUGCAGAGCCUGCCGGGUGCUCAGGGUGCUCCUGGGUCUGACCCACAGGAGACUUGUUUUGGGAUCAGUGGUGACAGAUUCAGGGACAAUCUUAAUCCUCUCUGCCUUCCCAUGAUGUCAGAUAUGGUGUGGUAGUCAGUAGGAGCCUAAUCAAUGCUGAUGUAUUAAUGGAGGGCUGGGCACUGACCCAGUUCCAGUUGUGGGGAAGAUGGCUGCUCACCUGUGGCCAGGGGGUCAUGCACAGCCCUGGGGAGGCCUGCCUCUGUUCCCCGGGGCGCUGGUGUCUGAGGGUGAUGACAGCUAUUCUCUGUCUCAGGAGAAACUGAAGCCCCAGUACUUGGAGGAAAUUCCUGAAAAAAUGAAGCACUUCUCACAGUUCCUGGGGACACGGCCCUGGUUUGCAGGGGACAAGAUCACCUUUGUGGAUUUCCUCACUUACGAUGUCCUUGACCUGCACCGUAUAUUUGAGCCCAAGUGCCUGGACGCGUUCCCCAACCUGAAGGACUUCAUGGCCCGUUUCGAGGGCCUGAAGAGGAUCUCUGCCUACAUGAAGUCUGGCCGCUACCUCCCAACACCUUUGUACACAAAGGUGGCCGUCUGGGGCAACAAGUAGGGCCUGGUAAGGCCCAGAGAUGGCAGUGAGGAGCCCGUGCUCAGCCUGCUGCCUGGGCCCCUGGAGAGCCGCGGACUCUCUGCACCCGAGUUGCAGCCUUCUCGUCCCUCUGCCCUUUUUU